AUGCUCACUUCACAUUCUCUCCUUCUACCGCUGUUCGGUAGUGCCGCAAGUGCGGCGAACCUGUGGGCGACUCACUACUCGGGCACGAUCAACUAUCUGUCGUUCGAAAACAAUGCCUUGACUCUAAGCAAAUCGAGCCCCACAGGAAACAACUUGCCUAGUUGGAUUACGUAUGACAAUGCCGGGAAAGCGCUGUACAUUCCGGACGAGGUCUUCUAUGGGGCGAGCGGUGGAAACUUGGUCUCUUUCGCCGUUGGUAACAACGGCACUGUGACUGCAGGAGGCAAGGGUUCUACACCUCUCGGUGUUGUUGCGACAGCGCUAUAUGGCGGUGCGGAUGGAAAGAGCUUCAUUGCAAACGCUCACUACCAAUCUUCACAAUUGACAACCUUCAAAUUGCCUUUGACCGGAGGACAACCGCUCCAAACAAUCAAGUACACCGGCAAAGGCGUAAACCCUUCUCGACAAGAAGCUCCCCACCCGCACCAUGCCUUUGUAGACCCAUCUGGCGACUUCCUGGUAGUACCUGACCUUGGAACUGAUCAGAUUCGGAUCCACAAGAUCGACCAGACCUCUGGAAAGCUUACAGAGUGCGCUUCUGCGAAGCCGCCUCCUGGCACAGGACCACGACACGGUGCCUUCUGGACACCAUCGGCAGCUAACUCGCGCGUUCGUCGAGCAGCUGAAGGCACCACUCUCUUCAUCGCCAAUGAGCUUUCCAAUAGCGUGUCAUCGUGGGCGGUGUCAUACCCUUCAUCAGGAGACUGCAUGUCUCUGACUCUGAAGCAAACCCUGACGCCGUACCAAGGCAACGCCACCGCCGUUCGCGGUACCAAGGUCGGUGAGGUCAAGGUCAAGGGUAACUUCGUCUACAUCACAAACCGAAACGACAAGAAGUUCAACGGUAACGACUCGCUUACCCAAUACACCAUCUCCCCCAACGGAUCCCUCACAUGGACAGCCAACACUUCGUCUUAUGGCACGUACCCGCGUACUUUUGACAUCAACAAGGCUGGUGAUUUCGUAGCCAUUGGCGAUCAGACCACUUCGAACGUAGCUAUCGUACCCAGAGAUCCAAAGACUGGUAAAUUGGGAGAGCGCGUUGCGGAUCUUCGGAUUGGCGCUGCAGGCAUUCCGGAGAACGAGGACGGCCUCAGCGCUGUUGUCUGGGCCGAAUAG